AGAGAGAGAAAGACCGACGCAUUAGCAAAGGACAGGCGAUAACAGCUAGUCAACAAGUUCACAAGAGCUAUCGAGACAGAUAAGAAUUCAGUGCUUCACAAGGACGAUCCAGCUCCAUUUUUGCAUUUUCAACAAGAGGAUUACAUCAUGGCCAAGAAAAACAGCUUUAAAGAUACUUCUGGAGUGGUGUUUGAUACUCAUUCGAAAAUGGUCAUGUCCCAAGGGGGAACUUUUGAGAGGAUGAAAGAAAAGAUCCAUGCAGUCCGUGCUGUGGUACCGAACAAAAGCAACAAUGAAAUUGCACUGGUGCUGCAGCACUUUGAGAAUUCGGUGGACCGUGCAGUGCAGGCUUUUGUGGAAGGCAGUGCAGUGGAAAUCCUGAAGGAAUGGAAUGUCACCGGUAAAAAGAAGCCUAAGAAGAAAAAGAAGCCCAAACCCCAGCCUGAGGCCCCAGCUGACCCCGCCCCCUCUGAAUCCAGCCCUCCUCCAGAAAGCGGAGAGGCGCUCAACGGUUUCCACGCCAACGGUUCGGCCGGCGCCGACGGCGACUCGCUGGACUCUUUGAGCGAGCAGCUAGACUCCGCCUCUCUGGACGCAGCCGAACUGGAGUCAGAGCCUGCCACGCCCGAGCUUGCUGAUCUCACAGGCGGCGAAGCAGAACGACAAAGUAGCACCAGCGUGACCCUGACCUCUGCCCCCCAGCACAACGCCAGCCAAGGCGGACGGCAAAACCAACAGAGUUCCCGUGGCAACAAAUCCCGUCCCAGACCCGGCUCAAAUUCCCAAAAUGCACCUGCUCCCUCCCCUCUUCCUCCUGACGACAGUCAACAAGGUUCAUCAUCAUCCAAAAAAAUUGCACCCAACAUUGACCGUUCAGUGAAGGACCUACAGCGAUGCACAGCGUCUUUGACACGCUAUAGGGUGGUGGUGAAAGAAGAGAUGGACUCCUCCAUAAAGAGAAUGAAACAGACAUUUGCCGAACUCCAGAGCUGUUUAAUGGACAGAGAAGUGGCCCUCUUGGCAGAGAUGGACAAAGUCAAAGCUGAGGCCAUGGCGAUCCUGGAUGGGCGUCAGAAGCGUGCCGAGGAGCUGCGGAGACUCACGGAUCGAUCGGCCUCCAUGUCUGAGGAGCAGCUGAGUGAACUCCGCGCCGACAUCAAGCACUUUGUCAGUGAGCGAAAGUAUGACGAGGACCUGGGAAAAGCUGUGAAGUUUACCUAUGAACUGGAGCCUCUCAAAUCCAGCAUCAUGGCCUUUGGUCAAGUCUAUCAUCCUCAGACUAGCUAUUCCAAUCGCUCACGUUGUAGCUCCACUUCUUCCUCUAUCACCGGACCUCCGCAAGUGGAGAGCCAACCUCCAGCUCCUCAGCCCCAACCCACGGGUUACGGGAACCGCCCCGCCCAGCCACACAAACAGGUUUUCCAUGGCAAUAGGCGUUUAGGACAGGGUUACCAUGGGGGCCAGCGCUACAAUGGCGGCUCGUACCACGACCGGAACCCGAAUCGGACGAACUACCGUAACCAUGGUGACCGCCACCAUGGCGAUGGCCACCAGGGAGAGCGUGGCCACGGUGAUGCUCCCAAUUCGCAAUUCUCCAAUAACUCGAGAGGCCCCACCCACUCAUCUAUGUCCUCCUAUCGGCAGGAUCGCCCCGCCCACAACGGGCUACCCCAGAGGCCUCCUCGGACCCACUGUCCCUGACAAAGCCCACGCCCCCGAAAAAAAUUACCAACCAAGUCCCUUCACUUCAUAACCCUUCCUUAGACCAUCCCUAUCACCCCCUUUAUCACCCACACCCUCUGGAUGAAGAAUAGAACUCAAGUCUUUUUGUCAGUUGAGUGGUAGUGCCACAGUUAGUUACCCUAUUUCCCCCUUUUUCACCCUCUGUUCUUCCAUCGUUUCAUGCUUCCUCACCAUUCCGCCACAGUCACACUCUCUCUCACUCUCACUCUCACUCUCUCUCUCUCUCUCUCACACAUUCUCUUUCCAGCCUGUUGAUGAAGCAGCUGGCUUUCAUUCUUCCUUAGUCAUUCCCUUCCAGUGUGACGGUUGCUCUGUUUCGCUUCGACGGUUGCAGUGAUUAUAUUUGGCUUUUUAUUUUGGCUUUGUCGGGAAGAGGCCUGUGAUUCAGUGCGAAGGCUGCCACUGAAAAUGAUUACAAGUCUUAAUCAGAAUGCGUUUAGAGCAGUAUUUAAGGGGCUUAUAUGUUUCGCCUUUAAACUUUAAUUUGAUCUUAUAACUUUUUAACUUUUUUUUUUUUUUUUUUUUUGCAUUG